CAGCAAAGUAGUACGUUUCAAUUUCACGUCAACAGAAAACCUAAAAUUUGAAGUGAGCCUUGGGAAGAUGUCGAUCUUCGAGUACAAUGGAAGUGCCCUAGUGGCUAUGGUGGGCAAGAACUGCUUCGCCAUUGCCAGCGAUCGGAGGCUCGGUGUUCAGCUUCAGACUAUCGCCACCGAUUUCCAGAGGAUAUCCAAGAUUCACGACAAGCUUUUGAUUGGUCUUUCUGGCCUCGCCACUGAUGCCCAGACAUUGUAUCAACGCCUCGUCUUCCGGCACAAAUUAUACCAGCUUCGAGAAGAGAGGGAUAUGAAGCCCGAGACUUUUGCCAGCUUAGUUUCUGCUAUUCUAUACGAGAAAAGGUUUGGUCCAUACUUUUGCCAGCCUGUAAUUGCUGGAUUAGGAGAUGAUGACAAACCCUUUAUUUGCACCAUGGAUUCAAUUGGAGCAAAGGAGCUUGCAAAAGAUUUUGUUGUUGCAGGCACUGCAUCUGAGUCUCUCUAUGGUGCUUGUGAGUCUAUGUUUAAGCCUGACAUGGAACCAGAGGAAUUAUUUGAGACCAUCUCUCAAGCACUGCUUUCUUCUGUUGAUCGUGACUGUUUAAGCGGCUGGGGUGGACAUGUCUAUGUUGUUACGCCAACUGAAGUAAAGGAAAGGAUCUUGAAGGGAAGAAUGGACUAGCUUUCAAGCCAUCCGGUGACCCACUUCACUUCCUUGUCUGCUUAAUUCAGGAGCUGGAUGGGAGAUCAUUUACCGCCUUUUAUGUUAAGGGUUACCUUUUCAUUAUGGCGCAUUAAAAGGAUGUUCCAGUUCCUGUAGUUGGUGCCGCUUGUUAUGAAUUAAAUCAUCAAAUGCUCGAAUUUGUGUUAUGGGUACCUCCGAUUCCUCGUCCAGUGCUCAGCAUAUUAAUGACAAGGAUGGUUCAAAUUUAAAAUGUCUAAUCUCCAAUUUGUUAUAAUUAUGAAUUUAUUUUUUUAA